UCUCAUCCUCAAUGCUUCGUCAUACGGUACUCUUCUUCCAAAACAAUCAUUCUUCAACAACCUAAGGAAGAGGGACAAUUCAGUUCAGCGGAGGGAACCCAUUUACGAAGGAUCACUCGUCACUACACACAAAACUGAUUUGUCUAAUUCGAAGAUGGGGUUCAAUAAAGUUUAUAAGUCAUUGCAAGAAGUUUUCCCCCAGAUUGAUGCUCGAGUUCUUAGAGCUGUUGCUAUUGAACAUAGCAAGGAUGUCGAUGCAGCUGUUGAGGCAGUGCUUCUUGAGAUCAUCCCUUACUUUACUGAAAGAUCUGGACCAAGUGCUCCUUUGUCUGGGAGCAGUGCAGUUGGUGGAUCAUCUGAAGGAAACAGUUCUAUUGUGGAUGCUGUUGCCGCUACUUCAACUGCAGAUGAUGGCCUAUCCACUAACAGAGUCGCCUCAGCUGAAGUCCAAAAUGGUUACAAUAUGAAUGGUGGAAAUCAACAGUCUUUUCAUGCUGCUGUUGAUGAUGAACACAAGAACCCCUUGUACAAUACAUAUGAUGGA